GCUCAGCAGCUUAGUGAUCAUCUGUCCGCGAGAUUGACAAGACGAGAAGUUUUAUUACUCUCCAACGUUUGUCAGUGGUACGCGCGGGCAAGUUUCUUGUUCAUUUAGACCGCAAACAAUUACACAUUUGCGUCGCUCAGGAACGUGCCGAGAAUUGGUUAUUGAUCAUCAACGAUCGGCCAGUCGUACAGUGAAUCACCGAGAGAAUUUAUUAAGAAAAGAAAAAGCGCGUGGCAGAGCCCAAGUCGUUUGAUUAUGUGCGCGAAAAUGGCCUUUCAGCAUCAGCCGGGUACUGCAAUGGAGUGCCUAAGCAUACCAAUUACAUUACAUAAAGAGACCGAAAUCAAUGAAAAUGGCGAAGAAGUAAUGAAAUGUGGAUUUAAAAUUGGAGGUGGCAUUGAUCAAGAUUUUACAAAAAGUCCACAGGGUUAUACGGACAACGGAAUAUAUGUGACGGAAGUACACGAUGGAUCACCAGCAGCCAAAAGUGGUCUCAGGAUGCAUGAUAAAAUUUUACAAUGUAAUGGAUAUGACUUUACAAUGGUAACUCAUAAGAAGGCAGUUUCUUAUAUAAGAAAGCAUCCAGUAUUAAAUCUGUUAGUAGCUCGUAAGGGUGUUACCAGUACUUAAAAAGUUAAAAAUAUGCCAAAAGAGAUUUUUAUUGACAGCUAUUUAUUUCGUAUUAUACUUUGAGGAGGUUUGCCUAUCCAAUGUAUUUUUCUGCCAAAUAUUACAGUAGUGUUAGCAACCUCUAUCUAUUAAUAUGUAGAAAUUAGUUCAGGAUAUAUAAAAGUGCCAUUUUAUGCAGCAAAACUAUAUUGGCGAAGAUCCCUACUUCAUCGAUUUUCAUCAAAAUGAUUGUAUCAGCGAAGGCACGCUGAAUGUUCGACGAGUCUUUCAUCGAAAUAACGCUCACACCUAUAUAAGUGCUAUGAUAUUUCUAGAGUAUUAUAUGAAUAUUAUUAAAAAAUAAUAUUAAAAUAAUAUUCCAAGAAUAUAUUUUUUAAUAUUAUAAAAAUAUUGUAUUAAUGUUAUUAAUGUGAGUUAUUAUGCAUAAAAAUAUGUAAACUUUAUAAUUAGUUGAAAGUUAUAAUAUUCUCUAUAAUUUAAAAUAUUGAAGUAAAUAUUUACUUCUUAUAUAAUAUUUGUAUAAUAUUCAUAUAUAAUAUUAGGAAUGGAUAUAUAAUCAUUUUUUAUUAAUAUUAAAUAACAUAGCGCUUAUAGGACGUGCAUUCACGCUAGUGAAGUAAAGUAAAAAAAAAUUCAAAUAUUCUUCUAAUAAUUUGUAAUAUGUCUAAGAAUUAUAGUUUUAAUAAAAAUAUGGUAUAAAGAACAAGUUUGACAGAAAAUCCGAACGAGAUAAAUAUAUACCAUAAUCUAUUAGUUGACUUUAUUGAUAAACGAUUUUUAUGCAUUAACUAGCUGUGUCCCACCACGCGUUGCUGUGGCUCACAGUCAGUUUGGUUAAAUGGAAAAGUAAGAAAAGAGAAAGUGCGGUAUACUAUUUUUAUAUAAAAACACGCGCGUAUUCGAAUGCAACGUUGUGUCAAAAUUUUAAAGCAUUUGUUGAAGAACUUUCGGAGAUUUAAGAUUUUAAAUAAAUGAACAUUUACAUUUUUAUUUAUAUAGAUUAUAUGCUCAAAAAAUGAAUGACAAUUACGUUAAUUUUUCAAUGCUACUUUGCAUUUGAGUGGAGUGGGGAGUCUUGAAUGAAGGAUCUUUACCAGUGAAGCUUUGUUGCAUGAAAAGGCACCUUAAAACAACAACGUUAAAUUAUAGAACUGAAAAAGUUAAGGUUUCUCUGUUUACUUCAAAGUUGAGACAAACAGAUGUUAUACUAACUUGAUAUUAUAUUAGCAUGUUUAUGAAAAAGUUUAAAAAGAGAAAUGCCAAAGUAUAAUAAUGUUGCAUUAAGUUAUAUAUAUCUUUGACUAUAAUGAUACGGAUAUUCUUUCUCCAUAAGAGUCCUGCCAAGAAGUUUACUUGUAUCUUCUUUGAUGCAUUUCAGUCAAAUUUAAAUAUAUGCUUGAUAUACUUGAUAAUUAUAUAGUCAAAGACAUAUACAUAAUAGGCUUAAUAUCAAUUUUUAUAUACUCUACUUGAUAUACUCUAAGUCCAAUUGUAGCGAAAGCAGAAUUGAUAUUUGUGAGAAAAGAUAAUGAAGAAUUUGAAAAAAGCUUCCACACACAAACAUUCAUAUUAUUCUGCGUGUUAUUCUCUUUAAAAUGUAUUUGUAAAAGUUUUAAUACAAUUCAUAUAUAGUUAUUAUUUUGACAUACAUCUUAUAUCAUUUUUAAAAUUAUUGUGAUACACGAUAUAUAUUCUUUUUGCAUAAUACCUAAAAUCGGAUAUAAAAAAUGGAAAGAAACAUUCCAUGCUAUUCGCCUAAUAUUUACAUAUAUAAUAUUAAUAAUCUAUUAGUUAGAAAUUAAAUUUGUAAUGUAUUUCUACAUAUCUUAUAUUCAACAUAAUGUUUAUUAAGAAAUAUAAUAUCUCAUGAAAAAUUAUGGAGAUAAUAUAUAUGAUUUUAAAAAAUUUUUUAUAAAAUAAAAAAAAGAUUUAUAUAAUUUAUUGUAAUAAUAUAUUAUGUAUACAUUGUUUACAUUUUCAAGUAUUUCACUUAUUUAGAGUCGUAUUACAUAUGGAAUAUAUGGAAAAAAUUUUAAAUAUAAAGGUUUUCUAGAACAACAAAUAAAUAGAUCUAUUUAUAUAUAUAUAUAUAUAUAUACCUAUUAUAUUGCAUUUUUUAUAUUUUUUAAGAAACAGUCAUGUUGUAAAAAGACGUAACGCUCUACGUAAAUAGAAAUAUAAUUUUUGUACAAUGUUUACUUCGUCUCUUUGUUUUUAUGCAAAGAGCGAAUUUUUUAUGUAUUUAAUAACUUUUAAUACAAAAUAAUUUUAUAUAUUUAUCUCUUCUUAAGAAUGAAAAGUAUAAGAGUUCCUGCAUGAUAUAUGCGAGGAUAUAUAGCUCUGGGAAUAUAUACUAUAUGUGUAUAUGUAUAUCCUAGUCUAGUAAUGUCGAAUAUUUCAUAUAUUAUACUCUAUAUACAAUGGAUGCGUAAAUGUACGGAGCAUAUAUGCUCCUCAUAAAUCCCAUAUAAAUUAUAGAAGUGUUAUAAAAAAAACCAAAAAAGAAAUUGUUAGAACUA